UAUUUUUUUAAGAUGUGAAAAUCAUUCCAUAUUCUCGAUUGUUUUCAAAAUGUUUUAAAAUUCAUUUUAUUACCGAGAGUAAAUGCACGCAAGAAGAUGGAAUGUUUCUGGUUAUUGGACAGUUUAGAUAUGCUCGGUUAUGCUGGAAUAUGUGUAGGAACAGAAAAUUCACAAUUAUUAAAACAUUCUCUUUUGAUACUGCAACAGGAAAACCAUUUUCGGAAGUGUUACUAUUGGGGUCAAAUCUACGGAGUACGAAGCGAUUAUCACAUCGCGUAUGGUUUUGAGAAGGACUGCAUGAACGGUCAAGUGUAUUAUUAUAGUACGGAUGGAUUAAAUUGGUUGUUGCUACCAAAAGCCAAUAAAUGUGCACGAUUCUUAACGCCGCUUGCGAUUAACAAAUUCGAGGGAGAUCCUUCUAUAGUUACAAACGUGUACAAUGUAAAUCCUCCAUUCCCGCCAAAUGAAGACCCUAAGAAAUAUUACGACGGACCGAUUCCUAAAGAAUUGAAAGAAGAAGAUAGACUCGCAGCUACGGUGGAAUUAAUACGAGAAGAUGCUGCAGUAGUUCCACGUGGUGCGUGGUUCAAGUGUCCUGAUGGUGAUUGCAUCGAAAAUUUAGGGUUUGAAGGGCUUACUAUUAAUGAUGCUUCUUAUUUAAAAUCUUAUUUGCACGCUCGUCCACCCCAACAAAAGUGGAAUACUAAUUUGCUUACCAGGCCCGAUUAUAAUUACGCGUUAGAUUUUUUGGAUACAAUUGAUUUGGAUGUCCCCCCAGGAUGUUGGGACUUGCAGUUUCUACCUGGGCAACGAUUGGUAAUUUUACACAGUCUUUUUUGGCCUGGUGUGACAUUUUAUCAUAAAUUAAAUAGCCCACAUUAUGGCUUCUUGUACUUUGGGCAUGGGAAAAAGAAUAUGGAUGUGGUUUUCAUGGUAUAGCUACGAAUAUUACAAUAAAGAAUUAAAGAAUUUAUACGCGUGUCCUUUUUAAACGUAUGCAGUCAUUUAAUUACGCGAAUACGUUAGAUUCUAUUUUGUUUUCUAUGACAACCAAACAUUUUAUACCAAGUUAAAUUUCAAUCUUUUCACGCGUGUCCUGUGGUAUGUUAACAUAUUUCAUUUGAUAAGUUUACAAGUAACAACAGUACUAAAAAAUAAAAAAAAUGGCUCAAGUCGAGAGGAUUAUUGUUAGUAAAAAUUUCCAGCAUCUUGAAUCGUGACGCGUAUUUAAAACACGGAAGAGUUGCCGCCACCUUUGCGAACGGGAUUUGUGGGUAAAUCAGUUGGCAGUUAGGCGCGUAAGAUGGCAGCAGUGCUCCGCUGAAGGAUGGUGAAUUUGAACGCACAAGCGCAGUGACCGGCG